CGGGUCAUACCGUCACAUGUGGUGAGACAUACAAAAUUUUUCUCAUUUUGAUUUACCACUGCACAAUAAAUUGAUUUAUUUGGAAAUAAUUGCCAAAUUGAUACGGAAAAUAGUUCAAAACUCUGUGGAAGAUGGCUGAUCUGGACGAUUUCUUUGCGAAAAAAGAUCGGAAAAAGGGAAAAUCGAAAAAACUCACACCUAGUGAAGAGCUGGCAAGGAAAAUCGAGGACACGUCAAAGCCCAGUCAGAGUGCGAAAAAACCUGGCCAAGAAGAUGACGAAGGCGUAAUUCACGAGGAGGUUCACGUAUCGUCUGUAAACGAAGACGAAUGGAAAGAAUAUCAGGAAGAAGAACGAAAAGACUAUACAGGCUUAAAACUGGGACUGCUACAAAUCACUGAUGAUGAUCAACUAGAUGGUGACGCCGAGGGCGGUGAAUAUGGUAGCGAUGGUGAAAUGUAUUCAGAAAAUCCAGACAAAACGAGAUCGGGUCCUUGGAAAAAGGUUGAAGAAGAAGCCGAAAAGCCAGUCAAGAAAGAGCCAGUCCAGGAGAAAGCUCCAGUUUCGUCAGUUUAUGUCAGUCCGGCUCUACGAAAUGCUCAAAUGCUAAAAGCGACCAAAUUGAAAAAGGGAGUUCUUCCAGACAUUAACAACGAAGAAUUCUUCCCUGUGUUAGGAUCUGCCAAGCCGGAAGAAGUAAAAAAGAAACGCCCCGAGCCGGGAUUCGAGGAAGUCAAACACGGCGGCCGUAUUCAGCGAUCAUCCGAUCUUCAAACCAAUGCUCCAGUGUCAAUAGGAAAUCGUUUCGGAUCGCUAGCAGACAGCUAGAAUCGAAAGACGGGGAUAAGAAGGAAAAAGAGUAUUUGGUAUGGUUUUUUUUUAAAGUCGUUCGUUCCAAUUAAUUUUUUUUGUUAUGUUGUCAUUGCAUGACAAAAUCGAUUUUCGGAAAGUGGUUGCGUAUAUUAUCUGCCUAUAGCUAAAUUAACAUCAAAUUACAAAUUGAAAAGAAAGCAAAAACAAGGAAAAAUAGAACGAAAAACUGUGACGUUUUAAUCGUCAAAAUAUCCACAUCUAUCCAAAUUUUAAAUUUAUACACCAAAAAAUAUGGACGUGAAAUUGAAUACAUUUCGUUUGUUUUUUUGAUUGAACCUUAAAUUAUAAUUUCACUUGCUUCUCUGUUAUUUACAUUGUUCUUUUCGACAUAAGAUUUUUUUUAUUUAAAAAAAAAGAAAGAAAAAAAAAAACAAAAAAAAACGAAAUAAUUUUUGUCAAAAUAAAACCAAUUGUUUUACAAGCA